AUGGACGACUUCCUGCGAUCCGUCUGGCUCGCCGAGGAGUCGCAAAUGCUCGCCGCCGCGCACGCCGCCGAUGGCGCGGAUCCGCGCGCGCGAGACAAGGCAGCGGGGCUGCUGCGCGCGCGCUCGCUGCGGCGGCAGAAGUCAGCCGCGGCGCUUCCGCGCGCGCUGACUGCGCGGACCGUGGAGGACGUGUGGAAGGAUAUUCAGGCGGAACUAGCGGGGGAGGGGGAAGCUGCGGAGGGGGGCGGAGCGCAUGGGGAUGGGUGGGGGGAUGGCGCCAACUACGUAUGGAGUGGGCGCAGGCAUGGGCGCAGCGCAGGCAUGGGCGCAGGCAUGGGCGCAGGCAUGGGCGCAGGCAUGGGCGCAGGCAUGGGUGCAGGGGGGCUGGGGGGACUUGCUGGGGCGGGCAUGGUGGCGGCGGAUGGGGUGGGGGGCGGGGGGGAGAGGUGGGGGGGCAGUGAUGGCGGAGGGGGAGGGGGGCAAUCGGAUACAGGCGGGGGGAGUGGGGAUGGAGACACCCUGAGCGGGGGCGUGGGGGGGAGUGCGGGGCGGAGGGGGAGGAAGCGGAGUGGGGAGGGGGGAGGGGCGCCGGUGGAGAGGAGGCAGAAGCGGAUGAUCAAGAAUAGAGAGUCGGCCGCUCGGUCCCGUGCAAGGAAGCAGGCGUAUACAGUGGAGCUGGAGGCGGAGGUGGCGCAGUUGAAAGAAGAAAAUGAACAGCUGCGCUCCCAGCUUCAGCUGCUGCAGUCGCACACGCAUUCACACCCCAGCGUG